AUGCUCUCUCGCGCCGCAAACACCUCCUCCUCCAUUCCUUCUCGAAAUGCGCUCCGAGUUCUGCGCCAAUUGGCCCUGGCCGGCUCAACGGUCGGCGGAUUCUGCACGGUAGCAGCCCUCACAUACGAAGCCCAUCGCCGAGUCCGCAUCGCCGAAAAAAUCAUCGAGACCAAACGAACGUUACAUAGCACAGCACCAAAUUACGAUGCAACGUCUGCUGCAAAACGCCUCAAGGUGAUGGUCGAGGCCGCAGAAGCAGGCGAAUUCAUGGGCAUUGACUCUCUCAAAUUGAGGAACCGGAACAUACCCGACGGGCCCCAAGAGCCCCAUGAGCCGGAAAUUGAGAAAGACAAACCCAAUCAAAAACCGAGCAAGCCCAAGCCCCUAGUCAGCCUGGAAAAUCACCAUGCUCGAUCAAAACGCUCUCUCGGGCAAUUCAACUACAAAGAAAGAAUGGACUUCCCAGACUUUGCUCGAAACCAUGCGGUCCGGGCUCGUGAGAAAAAGGAGGCCGAAGUUGCGGGAGAGUCUGGCAGAGUUCCCUUCGAUGUCGAGAUUCGCAGAUUACUUGCCCAAGAGCGGGAGAUUACGGCCGCGAAUCUGUUCCUGGCGCACACUCGGACUACAACUGCCAUCUCAUGGGAACGCAGAGAGCUUGCAUGUCUCGUAUUCACUGCCAAUUGCAUCAAAGGAAAUCUUUUCGUUGCUCGGACUUUGUUCAAUCGCAUUGACCGAGUCAGCAUGGUCUCGAAUGAGAUGUGGGCCACGCUGAUGCAUUUACUUGCGAAAGAAGGUCACAUUGACUCUGUGGGUGUUAUAUAUGAGAAGUACAGGAAUAUCUUCACUGUUCCAACACAUCUGUUGGAGGUCGUUCUUCGAUGCCUGCUUGAGUCCAAACGGUUGGACUCGGCCAAGGGCCUCUUCUUCCAGCGCUUCGAGGAUGACCGUGACUGCGGUUUAUGUGGCGCCUAUCUUGAUUGUUUGUGGAGGAAGACUAAAAGCAUCGAAUUGUUGUAUUCUCAGCUUGAUCUCAUCCUCAAACGUCUCGAACAGCUUGAUCGGAAACCCACCGAAAAGCUGUUCAACCCAAUCGUAAAGGCCAUGGUAGAGACGGGUCGAGCCGAAGAAGCCGAAGCCAUGGUCAAGGCGAUGCCCACUCGCUAUGGGGUCCAGCCUGGAUGUCGGACCAUUGGCAUGAUCAUUUACAGCAGAGCGCUGAAUUGCGAGUGGGACAGGGUCAUGGACGGCAUGCGUGCGAUGCACGAGCACGGUUACACCGAUUCAAAGAGAGAUUUCUCUAUCGUCUUCGACCGCAUCUUCUUGGAAUAUUACCCAACCCACACGGGCGAGCAAAUCCUCGAUUUUGUCACUUCUUGCAUCAAUGACUUCGAUAUGAGACCCGACAAGGUACUCCACCGACACAUCCUUGAAGCAAUCAUUGAGAGGGGCACUGAAGAUAUGAUCAUGACUAUCAUGGACAUGGCCACAGUGCAACAAUGGAAUACUGGAAUCAAUGAUGCGUUCAUCAAGUCCCUCGUGAAAAGUCGAAAAAUCGCAAUGACUGACAACCCCGUGGGAAUCUGGCGCCUGAAACAAGCUGCCAAACACCGACAAGAGCAUAUAACUUCAUCCCGGCGCAUUCUUGGAUCUAGUGCUGAGAAUUGGGCAUUGCGGGGAGAGAAAAUUGCCCCGAUCCACCUCCCCGCCGAGCAAACCUUCCCUCGAACAGUGAGAGAGAUGGUAGCUACGAAGAACGCCAAUUUAUAUGUUGCACUCCACAAGCGAAUGGAGCACUCGAUCAACAUGGGUAAGCACACAGAUGCUUUGAGAAUUUACGAUCACGCUGUCGGGGGCGGUUACAUUGUCCGACCACUUCAUCUGACGUUGGCUGUAAUCGCCGCAAUCUUGAGUUGCAAGGUUACAGGCCUGGCGAACGCCCGGCGCUUGAUCACUUCCGAAUGGGAUCACUGGAAGAAAGACCGUGCUGUUCGUUUCUCCAAACGGUUCACUUCAUGGACUCCCAUCUUCUUCCAGCGAGUUAUGAAGGUGGACCCAGCAGCAGUUGGACGCGGGGGUCUGAUCAAGAUGGCAAUGUUUGAAUACUACAACAUCUGUGCCAACGAACACGAUCUUUCCGUCAAGCAUCAUUGCGCCACUUCUUUCAGUGGCUAUCUGAUUAGGCGUGGGACGCCAGAACUUGCCGUCGAUCUUCUCACAACAAUCUACCAAUCUCGGUGGCGGCUGUCUCAUGGCUUUGACCAGGUACUGUUGAAGAUGUUGCUGCGUGCUUUCGCUGAGCUUCACAAUCUGAAGGGUGCCUGGUGGUGUAUAAUGACUGUCCUCUCGCGGGCCGAGCACAUCAACCAAGACUUUGUCGUGGAAGCCACCUCCCAGUUAUACACCUUGGAAAAGAAGCUCAUCGCAUCUGCAUCUUACGAGACUGAGGAGCAGCUUUCAAUACUCCGGCGAACCGUCGAGGUGCUAGAAGCCAAGUCCCAGGGAGAUUCGCACUGGUCAAGCAUCAGUGUCGACCCGGGGAAGAAACGAUUAAGACGUUCCAACCCCAAACCCCCUCAGAAACAACAUCUACUGCCUACCACGAGGCUGGAGGAGCUCAUCACGAAUUUCGAUGAGGAGUGGGAGCUGGAUCAAUUGCUCAACCGCAGGAAAUUCAAUCCUUCCGACCAUGCCAGAUGGUGGGCUGAGUCUACACUCGCCAAACUGCACUCCCAGCUUCCAGAGGAUCCCAAUUAUCCAUGGUUUGAGCCAGAAACUUGGGAUGGUUAUUAUGUGCCUGAGAAGUACCCAUCGGAGUAUCACCUUGAGUUUUCACCUGUGGAGGACUGUGAAGACUGA